AUGCGCCAGGUCCAUGUAGCUCUCCAUGACGACGACGGCCGCCGCACCGCCGCGUACAAGGGCUGGGUACCAGACGAGUACGUAGCGCGCAACCUCGUCGUUCAAGUACUUCUGUACUGGAACCUCUUGGGCACGACCGACUUGGCGGCGUGCUCGCUGCUGCCAGUGGCGCCCAACGUGCCGCCGGCGCCGAUUCCUCUGACGACACCGCUGGCGCAAAUCCCGACGUCCUGCUAUUGCCUCGUCGUCGCGCCCGUGCUGGCCAUGUCCCGGCGCGUGGCGUCGUCCGAAGCCGACGACGAACGGCGCGUCCGCAUGCUCUUCCGCAUUCAUGCGCUCCAGAACCCAUGGGGGCGGGACGGCACGUCAAUCAAUUGGCAGCAGUUCAAGGCCAUGACGCGCUCGAUCGCACCGACGCCCGGGCGGCAGACCCAGUGGGACACGGCGCAGAUGGUCGCGUUCAAAACGCACGCUCUCCGCGGCGUCGGCCUCGACCUCGACCGGUUCCUGCACGCGUGGGCCUACCUCGGGCAGCACUACCCGCGCUUUGCUUUCCAGCCGUGCACGUCGCUGCAGCAAGUGUAUUCGCUCAUCGCCAACAACAUGGGGCGGCCCAAGCUCGACAGCAUCUUGGACCAGUGCGACGACCAGGCGUGGCUGCUUCGGCUCCACGCUGUGCGCAAGCUACUGCAGCGGUACGCCAAAGCCCUCCACUACCUCAUCUCUGCCUUCGUGCCCACAAUGGAGUCGCCCAUCGACUUUGCGGCGCUUCAGGCGUUCUGGGCGGCGCUCCGCUUUGGCCAGCACUUUUUCGUCACGAGCGAAGAGGUGGCGGCGGCCUUUACGGUCGUCGCUGCUUCGUCCACGGCCAUGCCCGUCGCCGAUAGCGUACGUACCUUGCUGCACUUGGUGCUACUGGCAUUGCCGCGGCUCUUGCCCGCGACGCUGCCGCUGGCCUCCAAAGUGAGCAUGACAACCGCCCACAAGGACCUCGUCCGCACGCAAACGCUUGACGAGGCGUAUCCGGCCGUCGUCGUCAAGCUGCUCGUACAGCAUCUCGUCGAUCGGUUGACGCCAGCCAACAUUGCCGCGCUCUCGCAACGCGUCCACCACGCCAUGGCCUUUCGCCGAGGGUCCCAUGCGCUGCACCGCGCCUUCUUGUGCAUGUGCCAGGCGGACGGCGACUGCGACUACAUGGAAGAGGCGCGCCGGAGCUGGCUCCUGGAACGACAAACGAGCCAGCAUGCGCUGGUCGAGAAGGCAGCGACUCUUCUGCAUAGUGACGAUGCAUGCGAGAACCCUGCUGUUGACGCGCCGACCGCCGACUCGCUGGCGAUGGCCGACGACUUGUACGCCAACAUGCUUCCGCAGCUGGCCCGGGACGACGUCGACGCUGCUGUCGAGGCGUGGGCGGCGGCCACCGAGCUCUACGACGCGGCACUCACACGCGCAACGGCCAACGGCAUGGACGAGAUGCACGCGUCGCUUCUCUUCCGCUUUGGCGCCUCGCUGUCCGUGACGGCGUUUCAAAUCGCCAAAGCCCAUCCAUCGAGAGCAAGCUUGGCACUAGAGAUUGCACACAUGGCCUCCGCCAAACUCCAUGCCUACUGGGCGUAUCUCUGUCUCAAGUCACCCGACGACGACGACAAGGACGAUGACCAAGACUGGAUCUACCGCUGUGUGCUCGAAUGGGCCAACGCCCUCGCGCUCACGGGCGACCUUCUCGUUUCGACCGCGCCGGACGCCGCCCUUGCAGCGCGCUUGGCGUCGGCGCAAUCCGACCUCGGCGAGACGAUCGAGCUCUGGAGCGUUCCCGACGACGCGUCUCGGGCCGUGGUCUAUUACGAAGCCUGUCGACGCUACGAACUGGCGCUGACGAUGCGUCCGUCCGCGAUCGUGCACGAUAGCUACGCCCAUGCCAAGAUGCAACUCGUGCUGGCAUUGCCGCUAGGAUGCCUUGCCAGCCGCUGGAUGGUGCCCGAUUUGAUAGACCAGCGCCAAUUGUACCAACAACCCAUGACCAGCGACCUCGAGGCGCUUGCCUUUGUGACGGAGGCCUUCAGCAUUGAGAGCCCGUCGUCGGCUGGUGGCGGUUUGGAACCCCUGUACGUGGUUGUCGUCGACUGGAUUGUUGCGACGUAUGGCGGAGAGUGUCGCGGUCUCUCGCAGUCGAACGUCAACACGGUUAACGGACUCUGCGGCUGCCCGCCCGUGACUGCGAGUACGAUGCACUGGCUCUGCGAGACGUUCAAUGACACGCCGUCGUCGACAUCGCUCUCGUCGACCGGGUUUCAAAAGUACUUGGCCUUUCUAGCGACCGCCAGUCCACAGCAGUUCACCUCGACGAUGCGACUCCUCGCGUCCCACUACCAGCACCACAAGGCGCCUCUGGUGCGCUUCCAGUCGUUUGGCCACGAGAACCUUACGUGUGCGUAG